AAACAUGCUGAAAUGACCACAACUACGACAGAGUCCUUUCUCCUCUUUCAAGAAUCCUGCUAAGUACGCAAAGAUGUGACCAAGGAAUUUGUAAGAGAUACUUUGGCAGCAGAGGGGCAUUCAGGCACCACCACUGCCUGUUCCCUCAGUUUGGAGUGUCUCAAGUCUGACUCGCAAUUCAGCAAAACUUCGUGGUUGAAGGAAGUUAAGCUGCGGUUGAAGAACAGGCAAAGUGAUCCUGUGGGCCAGUCACACUCCUGGCAUUCAGCCAAGUUCCCAGAGACCCAAGCCGAUCUCAGUAUGAUGCAAGUAUCUCAGGGGACGGUUAGCAGUCCUUGGCAUCAAGCCUACCAUCCAAGAUCCUCUACAAAUGAUCUCUCCAACUAUGACCAUGGCUUUUUAAGAAGAAGUCCUGAGCAGUACAGCUCCAGAGGCAGCAUGGAGAGUUUGGACCAUAUGCCUGCAGGAUACACCCAUCCUUCCUGCCAUCUUUCACCAGCCAAAUCCACCAGUAGUAUUGACCAGCUUGCUCACCUUCACAGCAAGAGAGAUUCUGCUUACAGCUCUUUUUCAACGAGUUCCAGCACCCCGGAAUAUCAGCUGCCUCCCUUCUGCAAGGAGAGAUCCUAUUCCAUGGAGAAUGUGCAUUCCCGCGGCAGACCGCAGGAAGGGGGAAUGCGGCAGGCAGACAUCAGGUACAUAAAGACUGUCUACAAUGCCCAGAGAGGAGUUUCGGAGGAAUAUGAAGUGAAGUCUUCUGCUCUUGUACCCACCGGUGAGGCCCAUGCCAAAGGUUACAGCUCCAGCAGGCUGCAUGGCCAUAACAAAGGUCCACAAACACGGAAUUCAUUGGACAGCGAGAGCCAGUAUGUGAAGGGACCUCCCAUGCCACCCACCAGAAGUGAUAGCUAUGCAGCAAUAAGGCACCAUGAGAGGCCCAGCUCUUGGUCCAAUCUUGAGCAAAGAAAGUCGUUUAGGACUCAUCCCAAAAGUGCUUGGCUUCUCCUAGGCCAAGGCACUCCUCCUCCAGGGCAGCUUUCAAAACCUGCAUUCCUAGAAGGACAGCUCCACACUGUGAUGGAGAGGAGUCCAGAGGGCAGUCCCACCAUGAAGCCCAAACAGAGCUACCCACAAGGUGCUCAACCAGGACAGCCAAUGCUUCCUACUGGGGUUUACCCUGUUCCUUCGCCUGAGCCACACUUUGCCCAUGUUCCUCACCCUUCUGCGAACAAUAGCGGGCUGGUGUACCCAGCACUUGCCAAAGAGAGUGCACAUGCUCUGCCUCCUGCUUCUUUUCCAGCUUCAUAUGAAAAGGCUGUUGCCUGCAAGCCACAUUCUGCCUUGGAUGAGAAUGGGAACCAAAGCAUUCCUAACAAGGCGACCAUCUUCUACCAUCCUGAAUGUGGACCAUCAGUGGCAGGGAAAAAAAAGAUGGGUGAUGAGGCUUCAAAAAUCAUCUUGUAUAGAACCCAUCCUCAAGCCUACCCCACCUCUCCAAGACAGGAUGAGGCAGACCCCACCUAUGUAGCACAACCCACAAUCCAAGAAAGUGCAAAAAAUGCUCAGCACUUGAACCAUGCCUUUCAGCCCUGGUCAUUUCACCUAAGAGAUGUGACUGAUAGCAAAGCCUGUUGCCCCUCAAAGGAAUACAGUUCAGAAGAGCAGCAAGAGGACAGAAAUGCUAACCUGCAGAGAAGUGAGAGGGAUUCUGCAGCACAAAACCAAUGGAGUCCCAAUAAGGCCAAGCAGUACAUAUUUUCCUCCCUGCAAAAUAUCCCAGAGAGUACUCAACUUCCAAACGCCAUGGAUUUGAAGGAGGUGCAACAAUGCAAAAGUUGUUCUGGUGCCAAGUGGCCUUUUGUUAACUAUGCUGGCCAGGAAGAAAAGGAUUGUCAAGAGCAUGUCCCUGAAUAUUGGCCGGACAGAAAAUGGCGUGCCUCGGAAGAUCACCGGGAUGCCGCUGUUAGUACAGAGUAUAGCCAUGGCAUGGAAUCAAAGUAUGAGGAGCCUUCUUCUCCAUUGCUCCCAAAGACAGCUGACUUCAGAGCUGACCAGUUCCAUUCUUGCAGCAGCAACAGCUUUCAGAACCCUUGGGGUGGGAAAAUGGAAUCUAGGAAGGCGCGAUGUUCUGUGCUGGAGAAGGUCAACAAGAUAGAGCAGCGUGACCAAGGCCACCAGCGGCCACAGAGUGCGAAUGGCUUGAGCCAAAACUCUGGGUCAAAGAAGUCCAGCGGUGAAGAUUCCCGAAAUAGGCAUAACUCUCAAGAGUAUGGUCAAUUGCUAGAUGAACACGGCAGGCUGGCCAGUGCAAAUAACUCAGACCUGUACCCAAAUGUGCUCUAUCCAAACGAAAGAAGUACUGGCAAACCAGAAAAGGUCAACCGGUAUUCUGAAGAACAGCAGAGGGUAGCGACCACUGCUUUAGGAGCACUGCCAGAACAGCAGAGCACCUAUCGCCACGGAUGCUCUGAAAAGGAGUUGCACAAAAAGGCCGGGCAGCUGCAGAGGAGCAGAAGCACAUUCCAGUUGUUGGAUGAACCUGAGAGAGAUGUCUUACAGAAAGCGAAGGAACUGCGUGGCUCACAGCGGGAUGUUCCCUUUAACAAGGCAUACAGGAACAGCAUUAAAGAUGCUCAGACAAGAGUUUUGAGGGCCACCUCGUUCAGGCGCAAGGACCUCAACAUUAGUCCUGCACUUGGAAAGGAUGUUCAGAGAAGUGCCCCAAGACCAGCUUCAGCACACACCGGGAUGAGGAGCACAACAGCAUCUCCACAUACCCCAAAGGAGAGGCAUAGCAUCACGCCGACAGAGAUAAAGCUGGAUCAUACGAAUAAAGAAGGUCUUCCUGGACCUCUGCAUAUACACCGUAUUGGGGGAAGGAAACGGCUAACGGCUGAACAGAAAAAGAGGUCUUACUCUGAACCAGAGAAAAUGAAUGAAGUAGGGGUGUCUGAUAAUGAACUCUCACCGUUCUCACUUCAGAAGAAGAUGCUACAGUUUGUCUUCCCAGAGAGCACGGUGGCCAACCGACGCAAGAUUUUUGAGAAGGAGAACAAAGCUUGUUCUACCGUCAGUCUUUCCAAGCCAGAGCUGAAGCAGCUGCAGCAAAAUGCCCUUGCAGAUUACAUUGAACGCAAAACUGGGAAACGCCCAUCUUCAGCAACCCAAGAAAGGGAAGGCUCUCAGACCCCAUGCCUGCAAACAGGUGGCCAAGAUGGUCAGUCCCUGUCACCAGCUUCCAGCAUGAAUUCUCUUCAAGACCAGAGCCUUUUUCAUCCUAGGGAGUCCCUAGAACGGGCCUCUAGAAUAGGGCAUGUUUUUUCUCCUCUGCCUGGACAUCAUGGUUGCUUUAAUCCCAUUGAAUUUGAGAGCAAGAUGGUGGGCCACCCAAAUCACAGUAGCAGCAGUAGCUCCACUCCUAGUUGGCUGAAAGCAGAUGGCCGCCAAGAUCAUGCGGUUAAUCCAGAGCUUACUAAAAGUACUCAGACAGAUCUUGAUAUUUGCGCCCAACCACAUCCCAUGAGCCAGGCCCUGGAGAAGAAAACACGGUUCACCAAGAAGCCUGGGAAGUCAGCUUCUGCAGAGGAUUUGCUGGAUAGAACAGAAAACCAGACCGUGACCAUGCAUGUCCGAUCCAGAUCAUCUCCCUCAGCAGAUAAAAUGUGCCAGGAUUUCCAGGUGGAAGACAGUAGUCAAAUCUGUCAUUUUGUGAAAGAUCCUUUCUAUGUUCUGGGGGCUAGCAGCAGGUCAUUUGGCAGUAACAAAAGAGGUCAUCUGGAAAAAUCAGCAUUCACACAAUACCGUCCUCAUCAUAGCAGUGAGAAUGUUGGUAGUUCAGUGCCACUAACAGAAAGACAGAAGGCCCCUGAUCUUCUCAGACAUCUCAGCAGAACAUCAGCUUUUGUCCCCCCUUCCACAGAUAUGAAGGAUAAGCAUUCUGAUUCUAAGCAAGGCUUCAGACGUGUUACUCCUUCCAGAACUUGCUAUUCUUCCCGUAAUACUGCAUACUCCACCCCAACUCUUUCAGACUUUUCAGCUGCUGGAGAAAACACAGUAACAAGAUGGCAACCCAGGCCUGACAAGGACGAUAAUAAUAAAGUUCAAACCCAGGUUCUGGAAAAUAUCAAUCAUCCAGGCAAGGAGCCAAUAGAAGAAACAACUUGGAGAUCAAAGUCUACUCUGUCUCAAAGACAACUCCCACCUAAAAUUAAAUGGGUCAGAGAUGAGAGCCAUCCAAAGAGUUCCACUUCUGUUCAGACAUCUGGCCAGAAGAUUUUCCAACAGUGGCAAGGUAUCCCCUCUCAGAAUAGCUCCUUCUCUGAGCCAGAAACUCUAUCUGGUCAAGGAAGAUUUUCACUUCGCAUCUCAGAAUCCUACCUCCAGAUUUCCCCACCACCAUUCUCUCAAGAAGAGGAUGAUGAUGUUUUUAUCAAAGAAGCACAAAGUCAUCCUGUGGGUGCUAUAUCAGAAAAUCCACCACCUCCUAAGAGCCCCAAUGACAUACUAAACACCCUGGAAGAAUUUCCAUCUGUGCCUUCUAUUGUGGGAUUGGAAGAGAAUAAUCCAGUAACAGAUAGAUCUGUAAGUCUUGGAGAGGAGAAGAUGACAACAAGGAACCUCAAAAGUUUCUCCAGAGACUUCACUGUGAGAGAGAAAGCAGGACCAGAUGUCUUCAGGACCAGCACUUCUCCACCUGCUGGAGCUUCAGAAUCCAAACCAAGUGGAGUCAUGCCUUCUUCGGAAGCCCAAGAGCACUGUCCUGCCAUUCAAGGACUAAUUGACAAGGGACCCUCCCACCAAUCUCAGGAGGCCGCAAUUGCAAAUGAGGAAUCUGAAAAUAAGGGACUCCAUCUUAAGAAGAAUAAAAGGAAAGAGAAAACUCAUGAGGAUAUGAAGGAAGAGUCCUUAGCUAAGGAAAUUGUGCAUAAGGACAAGUCGCUUUCUAGUAUCCUAGAUCCCGAUUCUAAGAUGAAAACUACUAUGGACUUAAUGGAGGGGAUAUUUCCCAGCGGGUCCAGAGUGCUUAAAGAAAAUGCAAAGAAGAAAAUAAUGCAGAAAAGGAUAAAUGAUUCUGCCAGUAAUUUCUCUCUAGCUGGCAACAAGAAAGAUGAGAAAGAAGCUGCUGUGAUGCUGGUCACCUGUCCAACUUACUACAAUGUGUCUGUACCCAAAGCUGAACUUUUGAAUAAAAUCAAGAAUUUGCCUGAAGAAGCAGGUGGGGAUGAUGAGCAGGUGGACAUCAAUGAAAAGAAGGCUGAACUCAUUGAGAGCUUGACCCACAAACUAGAAAUGCUAAAGGAGGCCAAGGAGAGCUUACUAGCAGACAUCAAGCUCAACAACACCUUGGGAGAAGAAGUAGAAGCUCUGAUCAGUGGCCUGUGCAAGCCUAAUGAAUUUGAAAAAUACAGAAUGUUCAUUGGAGACCUGGACAAGGUGGUCAGCCUCUUGCUUUCACUCUCAGGGCGCCUGGCUCGGGUGGAGAAUGUCCUUAGCAGCCUUGGUGAAGAUGCUGAUAAACAAGAACGGGCCUCUCUGAACGAAAAACGGAAGAUGUUGGCUGGCCAGCAUGAAGAUGCUCGUGAGUUGAAGGAGAACUUGGACCGGCGAGAGCGUGUGGUCUUGGACAUUUUGUGCAGUUACCUCUCAGAGGAACAGCUUCAGGACUACCAACACUUUGUGAAGAUGAAAUCGGGGCUGCUUAUAGAACAGCGUGAGCUAGAUGACAAGAUCAAACUAGGGCAAGAACAACUCAAGUGCCUUUUGGAGAGCCUCCCCACAGGAUACUUCCUCGAGAGCAAAACAGCCACAGAACCUCCAGCAACUACGGGGACCAACUCUAAUAAUAGAUUUGCCCCAUCUUUGCUCUGACCUUCCCUGGAUGGAGCCCGUGUUAAAAAAACAAACAAACAAACAAAAACUUCUUGCAUUUAUUUAAUCAGAGACCAAGUUUAACUUUUUAAAUUGAAGGUGGAUUAAUUUUUUUUCUAAUUAACAUAGGGAACUCAGUCAGCCAUGAAGACUUUAUGUUUUUUCUUCUCCCCACAAUCACAGCAAAUCUGUCUGGAGCACCUGAGAAAGGACUCUAUUCGGAUAGCUAAAAGUGACCCAAGAAAGGAAUGUGGUGUGUCCUGGGAGGGACGUUAGCUUCCAACGGCUCUGAGCUCACAUUGUGCCCAUUAAGAGAGGCCGUCUCUGAGCACCAAAUUAAAUUAUGAAGGAUAUACAAUAAUGAAGCCUUAAUUAAAAUAUUGAUGAGCUAUCUGCUGUGUCUUGAACAAUAUUAAUAUUUAUAUUUUUUAAAGCUACAAGAUGGAAUUCUGUAAAGAUUUUGUGCAUACACUAACCUGUUGUUUGAUUCUACUUCAACAAUGCGUGGGUGGGUGGGAGGGAAUUGUUUUAACUUUUUUGUGCUUAACAACAACAAAAUAGAAGCACCCCCCCUCCUUGGGGAGAGGGGAAAACCGAAUGGCACACCAUAGCUUGGAGCAGCUGUGUUGAUGCUAAAGGACAAACCGAAAAAGCUUCAGGCUCUGAGUCAGGGAUUCCUUGUGCACACAAAUAUUUACAUGCAGUGAGUACUUUGUGCUUAUCAGCUCAAAAAUUGGAUGUGGACCCAGUUUCACAUUGGCAGAAGGAAGUCAAUAGGAAGUCCUCUCUCAGUUUUAUUGGAUGGGCAUCCCCCAUUGCAGUAUGGUGGGCCCGCAGCUGUAUGCUUACAGUCCACGAGAACUGCCUUCCCAGCCUUGCGGAUCAAUUCAUGGUCCUCCGUGCAGCCAUACCCAGUGCAAAUGUAAUGCACACCCAGGGGAGAAAUCUCUGCCCAAUUUUUUAAUGCACAACAGGAUCCAGCAUGGGUUUGUGAGCAAGAUUCCAUGUGCACCGAAUGUCUUUCCACCCACAGUGCAUCAGGCAGGCGGUGGGUAGGUGGGAGGAUCCCUCCCUUUGAAUACCCUCAGAAGGUACCAUGAUGUACCCGAGAACGUUUUGCACAGCAGAAUGCCGUCUUCCAAGACUGCGGUGUGACACAGCACUUGUGUGAACCAAACAACUCAGGAGUCAGCAUGAAACAGAAGCUUCUUCCUAAAUUUUCCCAUGGUCUCAGUGACUGUUUAAAAACAAUAAAAUCGGAACGCAUGCCACCUGCAAGGUGUUGGAGGA